AUGUCUUCCGCCUGCAUGGCCUAUCUGAGCGUGUGGUGUCCGACCGUGGCGUUCAGUUCACGUCCCGGUUUUGGCGUGCUUUGCACCAGGCCCUCGGAACAGAGGUCUGUCUCUCAUCUGCCUACCACCCACAGACUGAUGGCCAGACGGAACGGGCAAACGCGGUGCUGGAACAGUACCUCCGGUGUUACUGCAGCUACCAGCAGGAUGACUGGGUCGACCACCUAGCAUUGGCGGAGUUCGCUUACAACAACGCGGUGAAUGCGUCCACCCAGCAGACCCCGUUCCAGGCCAGUUACGGUUUUCAUCCACGGUUGUUUCCGGAUGUGCUGCCGGCAUCUGCGGUCCCUGCGGUGACAGAGUGGCUUCAGGAGCUUCAGUCCCAGCAACAGCUGUUGAUGGAGCAGCUGCGCCAGGCCAAGGAGGCGUACAAGGUCCAGGCCGACCGCCACCGCCAGGUGGGGCCGGAACUCCACGUCGGUGACCUGGUAUGGCUCUCCACUCGCCACCUCCACCCUUCUCGACCUUCGCGGAAGCUGGACGCCCGUUUCACCGGUCCGUUCCCUAUCGUGAACCAGGUCUCGCCUGUGGCAUUCCGUCUCCAGUUGCCCGCAACCCUGAAGGUUCACCCGGUAUUCCACAGGUCCCUUCUGAGUCCGGUGGCCCCACCCGACGAGUUCCACCCGAACCGUCCCCGACCGCAGCCAGUUUUGGUUCAGGGAGAGCCUGAGUACGAGGUGGAACGCAUUCUGGACUCCCGAUACCGCAGGGGAAAGCUGCAGUAUCUCAUAGACUGGAAGGGGUAUUGACCGGAGGACCGUUCCUGGGAACCAGCGGCCAACGUCCACGCGCCUGCCUGCCUCCAAGAGUUCCAUGCGGCGUACCCCAGCAAGCCGGGUCCAGACCCUCGAUUGAGGGGGGGCCUGGGAGGGGGGAUGGUGUGAUGGCCUGGGAUCCCGAUUCUGAGAGUGAACCGGAGGAAUCCCAGCCGGCACAGGAGUCCCCGCCUCCAGGGCCGGCUGAACUGGGGCAAGGCCUAGAUUCUGAGGAGCUUGCACCUGUGCCAGAUCCUCAGGAGCAGGCACCAGGUGAAACCAUUCUGGCCCCAGAGGUGCUUGAGGACUCAGUGUCUACAGGUGAGCCUUCCCGGGGCCCAGUAACCCUCUCGGCCUCUCCUGAACUGCAGAGGCUUAGGGCAGAGAGGCGAAGGGAACUGGUUUCUCCCAGGAGGAGUGCUCGCCUUAAGGCCCGGAGAGGCGGGGCUCCUGGUGGCCAGGACCGCCCCUGGCCUUAGAGAAGAUAAAGGGCAGUCAGCCCGGUCCCAGGUUGCGGGAGCAACGUCGUCAUUGAAGAGCUGUUUCGGCCAGCAUCCAGUCCUGUUCCUCCAGUCUUCCUGUUCCCCGCCCGGCUUCCUGCUUCUGAUCUUCGAGUGUUCCUGUUCCCCGCCCGGCUUCCUGCUUCUGAACUUCGAGUGUUCCUGUCACCGCCCGGCUCCCUGUUUCGGACCUCACCUCGCACUUUGUGGACUAUCUCCAGGCUAGUGACCUCCCCCCCGGGACCAGCACAUUAGGAUUGGGCAUAUAAAGUCCAAGAGUGUCUGGUAUUAUAAGCAAAUUGUGUAAACUUGCCAAUCUUACAGACUGGGGUUGUUUGUGAGAGUGAGUGGGAUAAUAAUUUUAGCGCCCCUUGGUUCUCCUGCACAGACAUGAGACAACUCCAGUAGUAAUUAUCUCAAACUCAUAAAUCACUGUGGAGCUCAGUCUUCGGCCUGUUCAUCCCAGCUUGCAGUUGCCGAGUCCUCCAGCAAAGAAGGCCCCACUUUCGCUUUCUUUUCACCUCUUCUCGCAGAUUCUCUCGAGCCUACGAUUUUUUGGACAGGCUAUUUUGGGGGCUCUGUGUCAGAGCUCAAACUGGAGAUAACAGUCUGUGCCCCCACCCCCCGUCACCCCCUCUUCCUGCUCUUUCUUCUUUGCUCCUGCUGCAGCUUGGCUGCUCCUCCCCUGCUUCACAUUCCAACUGAAUCACAUCUCUUGCGUUCUCAGGCUCUGUCAUCGGAGGCACAAGAGGCUUGAGAUUCACGGAGCUGACACCCUGUAAUUUUGUCCGUCCCUAAGCUUCCAUGGAGACACUUUGGAGACACCUUGCUGCAAAUUUCAAAAUAAGUACACAAAGCCAACAAAGAGACUCAGAGGUUUAUAGUGGCACCAGCUUUCCUGGUCAAGAGUCCACUUUGUCAGACUGCAGCCCACAAAAGCUUAGGCCAUAAUACAUUUAUCAGCUUUUAAGGGCUGGAAAAGAUGAAUAAACAGAAGCGUAGUUCAUCUAUGGAAUCUAUCCUACAGGAGACAGUGAUGGCCAGCAACUUGGAUAGCUUGAAGAAAAGGAUAAGACUGAUGUCUCUGCUCUGCCCUCGUGGUCUAGGCAAUAAUGCUUCUUGAUACUAGUUUCUGGAAAGCACAGGAAGGCAGAGAAGACUCUUGUGCUCCAAUCCUGCUUGCUGGUUUCCCACAGGCAUCUGGUUGGCCUCUGUGAGAAGAGGAUGCUGGACUAGGUGGGCCUUUGCCUGAUCCAGCAGGCUCUUCUUAGGUUCCAACAUAGUGCAAUAUUUUUACAGUUACAUGUAGCACUUAAGUUUUAUUUAUUUCACAAGGGAAAUACUGUUACUUGAGCCUGAGAUCAUUUCUUCACUUCAGAAAGAAAAAAUAGAUGUGUCUAAUAAGCCAGUUCCACCAUAGAUCUGUAUUAUAAAACGAUGGUGCUUUAUUAAGUUUGAAUGGAGUGAUCAUGUGUUGCUCUUGCCACUAUCUCAUCAGCUUUCGUAAAAUUUGGAACCUAGAGAGGAUAGUGGAGAAUGAAGGUGUUAAAAUGAGAGAAGGUACAGAUUGGGAUUGACAUGUGUUCAGUUACCUUUUUGUCUUUCUUGAAAGUCUAACAGGAUUCUCUUUCCUCCCAGACUCCCAAACAGGUGAGGAAGAUGAAAGUCAGAAUUCUAUGAAGCCACAUGUGAAUUUAUGGGGGGAAACAAAGAAAUUGAGGAUACAACAAAAAAGUCACAAAGGAGAGAAACUAUUUAAAUGUACGGCAUGUGGAAAGAGCUUCAGUGAAAGUGGAAAACUUAGAAGACACCAACGAACUCACACCGGGGGAAAACCAUUUGAAUGUGUGGAUUGUGGAAAGAGCUUCAGUCGAAAUGAUACACUUAGAAUACACCAACAAACUCAUACAGGGGAGAAACCAUUUAAAUGUAUUGAAUGUGGAAAGAGCUUCAGUCGAAGUGGAACACUUAGAAUACACCAACAAACUCACACAGGGGAGAAACCAUUUAAAUGUAUGGAGUGUGGUAAGAGCUUCAGUGAUAGUGGAAAUCUUAGAAUACACCAAAGAAUUCACACAGGGGAGAAGCCAUUUGAAUGUUUUGAGUGUGGAAAGAGCUUCAGUCAAAGUGGAGACCUUAGAAUACACCAACGAACUCACACAGGGGAGAAACCAUUUAGAUGUAUUGAAUGUGGAAAGAGUUUUAGCAUAAGCGGCACACUUAGAAUACACCAACGAACUCACACAGGGGAGAAACCAUUUAAAUGUUUUGAAUGUGGAAAGAGCUUCAGUACAAGUGGGAAACUUAGAAUACACCAACAAACUCACACAGGGGAGAAACCGUUUCAAUGUAUGGAAUGUGAAAAGAGCUUCAGUAGCACUGGGAAACUUAGAAUACACCAACGAACUCACACAGGGGAAAAACCAUUUAAAUGUAUUGAAUGUGGAAAGAGCUUCAGUCAUUAUGGAAACCUUAGAAUACAUCAACGAACUCACACAGGGGAGAAACCGUUUCAAUGUAUGGAAUGUGAAAAGAGCUUCAGUACCACUGGGAAACUUAGAAUACACCAACGAACUCACACAGGGGAGAAACCAUUUAAAUGUAUUGAAUGUGGAAAGAGCUUCAGUCAUUAUGGAAACCUUAGAAUACAUCAACGAACUCACACAGGUGAGAAACCAUUUAGAUGUCCUGAAUGUGGAAGGAGCUUCAGUGAAAGUGGAAAACUUAGAAGACACCAAAGAAUUCACACGGGGGAGAAACCAUUUAAAUGUAUUGAAUGUGGAAAGAGUUUCAGUGGACGUGGAGCACUUAGAAUACAUCAACGAACGCACACAGGGGAAAAACCAUUUAAAUGUAUUGAAUGUAGAAAGAGCUUCAGCAAAAGUGGAUCACUUACAAUACACCAACGAACUCACACAGGGGAGAAACCAUUUAAAUGUAUUGAAUGUGGAAAGAGGUUCAGUGAACGUGGAGUACUUAGAAUACAUCAAAGAACUCACACAGGGGAGAAACCAUUUGAAUGUUUUGAGUGUGGAAAGAGCUUCAGUGUUAGUGGAAAACUUAGAAUACACCAACGAACUCACACAGGGGAGAAACCAUUUAAGUGUAUUGAAUGUGGAAAGAGCUUCAGUGAAAGUGGAGCACUUAGAAUACAUCAACGAACUCACACGGGGGAGAAACCAUUUGAAUGUAUUGAAUGUGGAAAGAGCUUCAGUUAUAGUGGAGCACUUAGAAGACACCAACGAACUCACACAGGGGAGAAACUAUUUAAAUGUGUGGAUUGUGGAAAGAGCUUCAGUCGAAGUGGGGCACUUAAAUGUCAUCAGCGAAGUCAUACAGGGCAGAAACCAUUUAAAUGUAUGGAGUGCGGUAAGAGCUUCAGCCAAAAUGGACACCUUAGAAGACAUCAGCGAACUCACACACGAUGA